AUGAACCGCGGCGUCGCGCGCGCGACUCGCGCGUCGCGCGCGGUGACGCGCGCGGGGACGACGUCGAUUCAGUUCGUCAAGGGUCAAAACGAAACCUCGGUCCCCGAAGUGAAACUCACGCGAAGCAAGGACGGCUCCAACGGCACGGCGUUCUUCAUCUUCGCCGAACCGGAUGUGUUUGAAAACGGUCAAGGUGACAUCACGGGGAUGUUCCUGAACGACGAGGAGGGAGAGAUGAGCACGGUGGACGUCAACGCGAAGUUCAUCAACGGUAAACCGAGCGGCAUCGAGGCGCGAUACGUGAUGAAGACGGAGAGAGAUUGGGACAGAUUCAUGCGAUUCAUGGCGCGUUACGCCGAGGAUAACGGUCUCGGCUUCGCCAAGAAGUAA